AUGCCUGUAGUAACGUGCUUUUGGUCCCUAUUAUCGCUCGAUAAUCUCGAAUUCCUAUAUAUACCAACCGUCGUCGGCAGGAGAAAAAUUCUCAAUACCAACCAAACCUUAGAAGAUAUUCUUCUGCAUCACUCUUUAUAUGAAUUCAUGCAUCCGACAGAAAUCGAACUUGCAAAAUCUGAUUUAUCGAACUUUUUGAACCUAAAGAUCUUGGCAGGAUCAGUUACCAGAUGUCGUUUGCUUUCACUUGAGAACAUAGCUUGCAGAGCUGCCGGUAUGGAACCGCCAUCUGCUUCACAAACAAAUCAAGGAGCGAUAGUUUCAAAGCCAUACAAUGAUCAUACGACUGAUAAUGUAGACAAUAUGUGGACUGUUGUAGACAUUGUUAUCUACUCAGCAACACACGAGUUAGUCUUGGCAUUCUUCCAUAAUAUAGCAACGUCAGACUUAAAAUCUCUGUUUGCAUCAGAUUUUGGGCCAUUGUGCAUGAAUGAAAAGAUAGCUCGUGGAGAUGAUGAAUAUUCCCAUAGCAACUUUGCAAACCAGGAUACACUGAACAUGAUUCAAGCAGUCGAAAUGGUCAAGAGGAUGGCAAGAAGUGAUCUGAGCCGUAGGAAUAACGACUUAAAGCUACCAAAAAGAUUUUUUCAAAUUACAGAUCAACUUGCACAAAAUGUAGCCCUCUCUUGGCUGGAUACUAACUCUUCCAACCCAGAUGAUUCAUUACUCGAUAUGAUCAAAUUGAUAUCAAAGGAUAUUGCUGUUGAGGAAUUCAGAAGCUCAUCUUACAAUAGCAAUUGCAAGCUGAUUACAGCACCAUUCGAAAGUUCAACAUAUACCAAAAACAAAGACAUUUCAUGUACUCGCCAUUUUUAUGCAAGUGUCAAUGUUGAGCUAUUCAAUAAGAUGUAUAACUUUCAUAAAAUUUUGAUACCUUAUGGAAGCAUCAUAUUCGAAACAAUCCAAAUUACUCCACUCGAUAAAUCCGCCUCAGAAAGAAGAAUAAGUUCAUCACAUGCACAACUACAUUUAAUACGGCAACCAAACCAAAUAUCUUUACCACCAUUGAAUGGUCUGUCUCGCGAAAACGGACGUGCCGAUAAAAGUUCUAAAGCAAACAAAGAACAUCAAUUAUUACCUAUUUCUACCCACAUUCUAUUAAGUAAUCCACUUACCAAAGCAAGCACCGAUUAUAAUAUCAAUGAUAAAGUGAAUGCUGCAAUCUACCGCAGUGUUGGAAAUAGAACUCGUGAAGAUGAUAAUCUUGUAAGCCGAUCCACAGGUCAAAAGUCCAUUCAGCUUCCUCACUUGCACCAAAACGACAAUGCUUAUAGUUCAUUAAAUCAAGACGAAGAGGCAACAUCUUCCUCCUCUGUUGAUUCAUAUCACCGUCAAACUCACCAUCACCAGCAACACCAGCAGCACUGUUUACCACGAAUGGAGGUGUGCGAUCAGUUGUUUCCUAACUUCUCAGCUGAACGAAGGAAACUCUACGGAAACAAACGACAGGCGUUCAAUAACAGAAUGAGCGGAGAGCCUGUUAAAGUUUGCACUAGAUGUUUGACGAGCCAAAGUCCUGAAUGGCGACGUGGGCCGGAUGGACAUAAAACUCUGUGUAAUGCUUGUGGUUUGAGAUAUUCGCGUUUGAGAUCAAAACAAUGGCGCGCUGCUUUAGCUGCAAGAGAUGCAACCAACUAG